GGGCGGCCUGCCCACGCCAUGGCAAAAAAUAGAGUAGGGGAGGGGAUGAGGGCUUGGGUUGCAAGUUUAAGUAGUGGAGGUACAACAGGUCUCAUUGUCACGGUGAUAUUUCUGCCAAAACUUGGAGGAGGUGAGAGAGGGAGCCACGUGGUUGUGUGUAGGGAAGAGCCAGUGCAAAGGCCCUGAGGCAGGCAUAGCCUGGCAGUAGGAGGAACAGCAGUGGCGGGGUGGAUGUGUUUGGAGCAAAGGGAGCAGGGGGAAUGGAGGACUCAGCCAGCAAGGGCCUGGUGGCCAUGAUGAGGACUUCACGUUUACUCUGAGUAGACAGGCACCCAGGGAGGGCUUGGAACAGGGUGGGACAGGACAGCGCUGCCUGUUAGAAGACUUCCUUAGUUGGCAGCCUGAGCGGCCCUCCAGACAUCUGGGUCUCCUCAGCCCCAGAGACGGCCAUUGCAGGGGAGCUGCUUGAAGGGCUUUGCUGGGCUGGCAGCACUGAGGCCUUCGCUGACCCGUGGGAGCUCCCAGGCCGGACCUGGACUCUGGGUUGGGCCUUCCUUCUGCCCGGGCUCUGGGUCCUCAGGUCCCCGUCCCUGGGCCGUCUACCAGCGGGCAUCAGGUGACUAGGGCCACAGGCCAGGGAAGGCAGGUGGGGCUGCGAAGAGGCUUCGGGGUCUUGAGCUGCUGGACCCCAGAUGGAAGUCUGCCAGGAAAGAAGGCCGGCCUCCGCGGCCCAGCCUGUGGAUGGAAAACCCAAAUUUUUGACCUGGCUGGGUGGGAUUGCUGAAUCGCAACUCCUUGUUUAUUUGUUUUCUUUUCUAUUUUUCCGGGGUUAUAUCGCCAUCCAGUGGUAUUUUGAAGGAAUCAACACUGAGAUGCGCUUUGGCUCUUGUCAGUUCGCUAGAAAGAGCGCAGGCUCCCUGUCCCUCUCCUCCCCUCCUCCCCUAGUGGAGCUGGCCGCGUGCGCAGGUUCACUGCAGACUAAGGUGAGCGGAGCAGAGGUGGGAGAGGCCUCUCCUUAUCCGUGGGCGGAGGCGUCUCCGCAGACGUGUGGACCUACCUGGAAUUGAGGCUGUGCAGGGAAGUGAUCUUCAGGGCCUGGCAGGCCUCAUCUUUCAGCUCGGCUUCUACUCAGUGGCCCACAAAGGUCUUGCCAGUCCCGCUGGAAGAAGCUGCUCUCCAGCAUCUGCCAGCAUCCUUCCAGCUCCUCAGUGCCCUGACCAUGGCAGCCAGACCCAAGGUGCCAGUGUCAUUUGAGGACGUGGCUGUGUACUUCACGAAGACGGAAUGGAAGCUCCUGGACCUCAGGCAAAAGAUCAUCUACAGGCGGGUGAUGCUGGAGAACUACAGCCAUUUGGUGUCACUGGGGUUUUCAUUUUCCAAGCCGCACCUGGUGUCUCAGCUAGAGCGAGGGGAGAGACCGUGGGUAACCAACACCCACAGAAUGGAGACUGGAGGCAUUCCUGGAGAUGACAGGAGCAAGAUAUCUAUUUCAAAGCAGAAACAUUCUAGAAAAGAACUCCCUGGGGCUAGUCUUCAGGGUGGCAGUGAGGGUCAGUUAACAAGGCUGCAGGAGAAAACACGUGAACCAAAGCAGAAACACACGCGUUCUCUGAAGACAUGUCCCAGGAGGAGGAACCCUCCCAGGGAGAAAGGGCAAGGCAGCUCCAAGAAUGAGGGACACUCAAACGUCACUCGGCAGCGGAGAGCAGCCACAGGAGAGACAACUUCGCAGAGAAAUAACCGCAGUGGCUCUAGGCGAGCUCCAGCCCUCAGACAACAGCGUUCAAAAGGCAGAAACAAACGGCACUUAUGCCAGCAAUGUGGGAAAUCCUUCAGCCGUAACUCCAAUCUCGUCAAGCAUCAAAUCGUCCACAGCAGUGAGAAGCCCUUUGCCUGCUCUGAGUGUGGGAAACUCUUCCGGCGCAGCAUUGCACUCCUUGAGCACCAGCGCAUCCACAGCGGCGAGAAGCCCUAUGUAUGCGGCAAGUGCGGGAAGACCUUUACUAGGAGCUCCAACCUCGUCAAACACCAGAUUGUCCACAGCGAUGAGAAGCCCUUUGCUUGCCCCGAGUGUGGGAAACUUUUCCGGCGCAGCUUCACACUCCUGGAGCAUCAGCGCAUCCACAGCGGCGAGCGGCCCUAUGAGUGUGACGAGUGCGGCAAGGCCUUCAGCCGGAGCUCUAACCUCAUCGAGCACCAGCGCACACACCGUGGCGACAAGCCCUACGUAUGCAGCCAGUGCCGCAAGGCCUUCAAGGGCGUGUCCCAGCUCAUCCACCACCAGCGUGUGCACAGCGGCGAGCGGCCCUUCAAGUGUCAGGAGUGCGGCAAGGCCUUCCGGGGCCUCUCAGGGCUGAGCCAGCAUCGCAGGGCCCACAGUGGAGAGCGGCCCUAUAAGUGCAGCGAGUGUGGGAAGGCUUUUGGUCGGCGCUCUAACCUUUUGAAACAUCAGGCAGUGCACAGGGGCCAAGGACCUCAUAAGUGUCAAGAUUGUGGGAAGGUGUUCCGACGCAGGAUGACCCUUCUGGAACACAAGCGCGUCCACCAAGUCGAACGGCCCUACAAGUGUGAGGAGUGCGGGAAGGCCUUCCAUCGGAGCUGCAGCCUUGAGAACCACCAGCGCGUCCACCACAGCCAGGAGCCCUUCAAGGGGAAUUCAAAACGCAGCCACCACCAGAACACUCGCAGUGGGCGGGAGCCUUUUGAGGGCAGGAGUGGCAGCAAAGUUGUUGCUCAGGGCACUGGGGCCUCCCCUGCCGUGAAAAGGCGAAUGGCAGACCCUCACCCUGAGAACGACAAACAUCAAGAAGACUCCAAAUGCCAAACUGUGCCGUCCUCCACCAACGACUCCACCUCGGACCGGGAGCGCUAGGUCUAAGAUGAGGGACCUCCACCUUUAAGGGUAGAACUGAGACCCAGCAAUUGCAGCGAAGACUCAUCAGCAAACCGGACGGCAGGGUCCUGUUGUGUGGGCACAGGUGUGUGUGUGUGCAUGCGCAGGUGUGCCUGUGUACACACAACUGUGUGCGUGCGUGUGCACGUGUGUAAAUUAAUUUGUCAUUGGAGUUAUACCGUGUGUGGGUCCGGUGACUUUGAGUUCAGGGAGGCGUUAGUAUUUUCAGGUAGAAAAAGCCUAUAAGUGGAAGAUGUGGCUUCACCGUGAUGUCCCCUGAAAUUAACCAAGAAACUCUCUGGAAAUGGACAUGGGCAAAUGUGUUCCUGGACUGCAUCCACCACCUGCCCUGGCCUGUGUGCCUGAGGUGGCAUCAGGACACACAGAAGGCCAUCAACAUACAGGCAGGAGGACCGUACAGAGCAGUCAGUGGUCCACUUUUUGCCCUCGUGCCUGAAACCCCCAGCCUUCUGUGAGUACAAAGCCUUUCUGCCAGUGCCCCCAACCCCCAUCGUCUUGGUGCACAGAGGCUUCUCAACGUCUCCCCCCAAGACAGGCACUCUUUUGCUCUGGUCCCUGGCAGGAGUGGGCUCCAGGCAAGACAUGGCCACAUGGCAAUUUGCCACUGCUGCCCUGCUGGCUUUGGUCUCCUCCCUGCUUGCUAGCCCAGGCCUCUUGUCCCUCAGCACUCCCAGUGAGGGCUCCCCAGCCUCUCAGCUCCCCACCCUCAGUGCCUGAAACUUCAAAUGUGUCCACACCCCCCUUCAAGCAACCUCCCCAUGUUGCUUGUGACCAUCAGGAGGGAAGGUGGGUCAGGACUUCGUUCUCCUGCAGGCGGGCGUCUGAGCUGCAUCCUGGGCUGCAGUAGAGGGUGCCUGCCUGCAGGGAAGCUCUCUUAGGACCUGGCUUUCCAUGACGUUUCCUGAAGGAUUGGAGGGUCAGUUGCUUUGAAUGUUUUUCCCUUCAGGUGUGAUGUAAGUUGAAAAUGGAGAUUUUUUUCUAGAUGAGCGUAUCAGGAAAUUGCUUCUUAAAUAUUACCCCCUCUGAGAAAACUCAGGCAGGAGAAAGGUGGCCACUCCCGGCCCCACACCCCGUGAUUGUGGCAGCAAGCCUGGCCCCUCUUCUCCCCGCAGUGAUACAAUCCACCCUCUCUUCACCCUCAACCCCUUCAGCUGGCAUAGGAGAAAGCUGUGGCCGCCCCUGUCCUCUUCUACCCAUGCUGUCCCUUGGCACUCAGCCAACGUAGUCUGCUCCCUAUCUCCUUGAAUCCCUCUCCACUCCCAGGGGAGAGCUGGGCUCAAGGCUUUGUCCUACAGGCUGCCUGAGGGCAGGCAGAUGGUCAGCACGAUGGAGGCCAUCCACUGGGUCCCCCAGGAGCAUAGGACCAAGGCAAAGCCAGCCCUUUCCCAGUCAGAUGGGGAAGAUUCAAAGAUAACGCCGAUCGGGACUUCCGAGGAUAGGGUUCUGUACCCUAUAGUGCUUUUUUUUUUUUUUUUAAUGUGGUAAAAUAUACAGGGUACCUUCUGAGCAUGCUGCUUGGAGCACCAAUGACUAAGAUGAGUCCAGAAGUGAGAUGUAUAUAAAAUGAUUUUGCACAGUUGUCAAUUACAGAAAAUUCUAGAAUCCUUGUAAUUUUCUCUUAACGCUUAAUCUCUUUCAAUGGGUCUCUAUCCCCUCGUCCUAUAAUUGCCUUCUUGUCGGUAAGCCUGAAACUGCAUGUCUUGUCCGCCCUUGUAUUCCCUGUGCCAAGAAGAGUCUCCGCACUUAGAAAGUGUGGGCUACAUGACUAUUGUCCUCCUAAUGAAUGGACCUCCUGUAAGAGAUCCCUGCGUGUGAGCUGUGAUGGAGUGGCCCAGGGAGAGCCCUCCCGCUUAGCAGAGGGCCAGCCUUGUGAUGGGGAGGGGGAUUCAGGUCUGUACCGCAGUCCGCUCCAGCCUCAUCUUGAGCAAGUUGAAAGUAUUGGCAACUUCAAUUUUUCCAGUAGAUUACUAAGCACUAGAAACACGCCUUUGAAAUCCAUGGUGAGGUCAUUGGGAAGUUGCAUUUCUCUAAGAAGCAGACACUCUUUGCUAGGGCAGGUGACACUGGCAGGAGGCCAUGAGCUCAGGCUUCAGUCUCAGGUUUUUCAACAGUGGCCAGACGGGGAUUGGAAAAACAGUUGCUACAUGAUUCGAACCCAAAAGAGACCCAAUUUGUGCUCUCCAGCGUCUGUCUCAGUGGCUCCAGGGAGUGAAUGAUGGAGCUCCCCAGGGCCAAGCACUAGCCAGCUUUAACUAGAGAAGAGUUGGGUCUCCCGAGUAGAAUUGAAUUCCUUUGUUUUAAUUGAGAAGCUAAAUCUGCUUUUGAUGUUGUUGCUAGUUGCCAUCGCAUUGACUCUGACUCAUGGGGAUCCCAUGUGUUACAGAGUGGAACUGUGCUCCAUAGGGUUUUCUUGGCUGUGAUCUUUAUGGAAGCAGAUUGCCAGGCCUUUCUUCCAUGACACCAGUGGGUGGGUUCAAGCUGCCAACCUUCAGAUUAGAUUAGAUUGUCUUUAGGCUUAACUCGUUGUGUUGUUAGUUGCUGUCUGGUCAACUUUGACUCAUGGCGACCCUGUGUACAGCAGAACAAAACGCUGCCUAGUCCUGUGCCGUCUUCAUGGUCAUUUGUAUGCCCAAGACCGUUGCUGUGACCACUGUGUAUUUUGAGUGCCUUCUAACUUAGGGGCUCCUCCUCCAGCGCUAUAUUGGACAAUGUUCUGUGGUGAUCCAUAGGGCUUUAGUUGGCUGAUUGCGGAAGCAGAUCGCCAGGCCUUUCUUCCUAGUCUGCCUUAGUCUAGAAGCUCCACUGAAACCCGUCUACCAUGGGUGACCCUGCUGGUAUCUGAAAUGUCGGUGGCAUAGUGUCCAGCAUCACAGCAACGGACAAACCAUCACAGUAAAACAAACUGAUAAGAUGGGUGGUGGAGACCUAAUUUAACUCCUCUUUAUUAGGUUUUUGCUUCAAUGCUAUUAUGAAUGUCAUUUCCGUCUAGUCCCGGUAACAGGUAUGCGAAGUGAGCCGAAUGGGUGUUACAUGGAAUAAAAAUCAGUGAGUGUUGGAAAAGAUACUUGUGUUUUUAUUUCAAAAGUACCUUGAAAUUGGGUUUCCUGUUGCUUUUGGUUGGACAACAGGAAUGUAAAUGUUUAGACUACGGGGAAAGUCUUGCCCGCUUUCCACCCCGACCCCAAGAACUCUCUGGAUACCAAGCUGGGGCUGGGAGGACACGGCUGACCAGCCCCGUCACACCUCCAGACUGAUGGCCCACUUCAGAGAUGGCCCUGCAGGAGGCCCAGUCAGCCCUGAGUACAUCUGGGCCUUUGGACCAUUUGAUCUUUGGACCUUUGAACACUUUUGAAGAAGCCAUUUAAAUGCUGUGGUGGUAUCUGCAACUGUGAAACGUGACAGUUCCCAAGUACUUUGGCUGCAGACAAAUAAGGACAGCCUAAAACUGCCAGUGUGGAAACUGGCUCUCUGGGAGAGACGGGCUAUUUUGAUGGUUUAAACUAAAAGAGUUGGGUUAGAGGUUGGUGUGCAUGCGAGCAUUCUGAUGUUGACUGCUCCAUGCCUUAGUCGAACAGAAUCACAGAGAGAGGAGGUCAGGGUUCAGAAUGCCAGGAGCGGGCAUCAGUAUUGUCUUAGUUUCCUAGGGCAGCCAUAACAAAGUAUCACAGUGUGGGCAGCUUUAAAGAACAGAUGUUUAUUAUGUCAGCACCAGAAAUCCAAGUGAAGGCAUCAGCCGU